AUGUCAGAAAAUUCUCGGCUGCAUACUUACCCACCUCGGGAUCAUGAUUCCGAAGUCGGGCACUGGGACUAUCACCGCCGAAACGCCUUCAAAGACAUCAUCCAUGGUCUUUGUGUGAGAAAACUGCCCCCAAAAUCAGCAGAAAAUGUUUCAUUGGGCCCCGGUCUUUGGACCUAUGUGCUAGCGGAGCGUCUCCGCAGCGGGGAAUAUCUGCAACCUUUUACGUCUGUCACCUCCACUUCGGGUUGGAAUCAGGCUUUGAUAUUGGACAAGGGCGACGACCUGGAGCUCCACCAAGGCCUCUGGGCCAUCUUGGAAAAUACGGAAAUGAGCCGGAGCCGGGGCGUGGGGGUUCACCUGGCAUUUCUGGCCCCUCCUGUCGGCGCCGAUGAACCGGCGCAGGGCAAGAAGGCCGAAAUCGCAGCCCCCGAGGUCGGCCGGCUUUUAAGCCUCCGAGAGCCGUUCGAGGGCCGGACACGGGUCCGUCUACAGCCGGAACGUCGCACAACGUAG